AUGAGUAGAGUAUUGCAUACUUUUUUGGUUUAUAUUUUUAAAAUAUGUAUGUCUAUUUCAGGCGGUCAAAGUCAAGCCUACAAAUGUCCAGCGAAAGAUGGACAAUACGAAGACUCACGUCAGUGUGACAAAUACUGGGAGUGUGUGGAAGGAGAAGCGAAACCAAAACUUUGUCCAGAUGGUUUAGUUUUCGACCCGUUGAUCAGGAAAAGGAACAAGUGCGACCAACCUUUCAAUGUUGAAUGUGGAGACAGAACUGAAUUACAGCUCCACAACCGAAAGGACCAUGCCCCAGGAGAAACGGAUUCUUUGCCCAUGAAGAUCUGACUGUCUGCAACAAAUUCUACAACUGCAUCGAAGGGGACUACACCGAAAUCACCUGCACAAACGGUCUACACUUCGAUGAAUACUCCGGAACUUGUGUAUGGCCUGACUCUGCUGGCAGACAAGGA